UAUUUUCCGCGCGCGCGCUGCUGUCCCCAAAGAUCGUGAGUACAAUUACAGAUGCACUAAAAUGGUACUACAGCAAAAUACCAAAACAUCCAUCGGCCAAAUUUGUGUAAAUUAACCUUUGUUAUUUUAAAUAUUCAAAGUAGUAAUAUCACAACAAAAGAAACCAAGACAGUGAAAUUAUAGCAGCUGAGAGUGAGCCAUCUUCGUGUAUAUUAUCUCUUGCAACGCAAGUUCCGCCUUCCUGCUCGAAUAGCGACUUGUAAACAAACAGAUGUAAACGGCAUGGCCACAGAGGUUUAGCCGAUCAGCACAUUCAUUGAAGUGGUAGAGUCCUGUCAACGAUGGCGGGUGUCAUCCGGAGGCUCGACGAGACGGUUGUCAACCGGAUAGCCGCGGGAGAGGUUAUACAGCGCCCCGCGAACGCUGUUAAAGAAAUUAUUGAAAACUGUCUGGACGCUAAGGCCACUAGUAUCCAGGUGACGGUUAAAGACGGCGGACUGAAGCUGCUGCAGAUUCUGGACAACGGCACCGGUAUUCGGAAAGAAGACAUGGAAAUAGUUUGUGAGCGUUUUACCACAAGCAAGCUGCAAACAUUCGAGGAUCUCUCUGCCAUUGCGACUUAUGGUUUCAGAGGAGAGGCUCUGGCCAGUAUAAGCCACGUUGCUCAUGUAACCAUAACGUCAAAGACAGCUGAUGCCAAAUGCGCCUAUAGAGGCACCUACAGUGAUGGUAAACCAAAAGGCCCUCCGAAACCCUGCGCUGGAAACCAGGGAACACAAAUACUUGCGGAAGAUCUCUUCUACAACGUGUCCACCAGGAGGAAAGCUUUGAAAAGCCCUAGCGAUGAGUACUCCAGGAUUGUAGAGGUGGUGAGCAGGUAUGCCAUACACAAUUCCGGGAAAAGCUUCUCUGUCAAGAAGCAAGGAGAGACUUUAGCAGAUGUAAGGACUUUACCCAACGCUUCAGUGGUGGAUAAUAUUCGAGGGGUUUUUGGCAACGCAGUCAGCAGGGAGCUGAUUGAGGUUGGCUGCGAGGACCAGAAGCUGGCCUUCAAACUGAAAGGCUACAUCUCCAACGCAAACUACUCGGUCAAGAAAUGCAUCAUGGUCCUCUUCAUCAACCACCGUCUGGUGGAGUCGAGCGCGCUGAAGAAAGCAGUGGAGACAGUUUAUGCAGCGUACCUGCCCAAGAACACACACCCGUUUCUUUAUCUCAGUUUAGAGAUCUCUCCUCAGAAUGUAGACGUGAAUGUGCACCCCACCAAGCACGAGGUGCAUUUCCUGCAUGAGGACAGUGUCAUCGAAAGCGUUCAGAAGCACAUUGAGAGCAAGCUGCUCGGCGCCAACUCCUCGCGCACGUACUUCACUCAGACAUUGCUGCCAGGGCUGUCUGUGUGCGGAGCAGGUGAGGUCAAGUCCUCCAACACCGCGUCGGAGUCUGCCGAGCGUGUCUACGCGCAUCAGAUGGUGCGGACCGACUGUCGUGUUCAGAAGCUGGACGCCUUCCUCCAACCAAAGGAAAAGCUCCCUCCCCAGCCCGAACCCGUCGGGCAGAGCGACGUGAAUUCUGAGUCCAAAACUGUCGAGCCGAAUGAUUUGGAUAUGCUGGAGGCCCUGGACCAGAUGGAGGCAGAGCUGUCGAACAGUGAGGAGAGGAGCGAUGAAGCGCAUGAUGUCCAAAGUACCAGGAAGCGUCUCAGGAAAGAGCAGCAAGAGGCGGAGGAGACCCGAGAGGGACGCGAGGAGGAUCUGACGGCCGCAGAAACGCCCAAGAGGCGAGUCAUCAAACUAAACAGCAUCAGAGAGCUGAGAAGCGAAAUUAACGACAACACUCACAAAGGCCUUCAGGAGAUGCUACAGAAUCACUCGUUUGUGGGCUGCGUCAACCCGCAGUGGACUCUGAUCCAGCAUCGCACUAAACUCUACCUGCUCAACACCACAACACUAAGCCAGGAGCUCUUCUACCAAAUCCUCAUCUAUGACUUUGGGAACUUUGGAGUACUCCGACUAUCUACACCGGCUCCCAUUUAUGAGCUGGCCAUGUUGGCUCUGGACUCUGAGGAGAGUGGCUGGACUGAGGAUGAUGGACCCAAGGAAGGCUUGGCACAGUAUAUAGUGGACUUCCUGACGAAGAAAGCAGAGAUGCUGGAGGACUAUUUCUCUAUGGAGGUUGACCAGGAGGGCAAUUUAAGAGGACUACCUUUGUUGCUUGACAAGUACACACCCAUCAUGGAAGGUUUGCCCAUGUUCAUUCUCCGCCUGGCAACAGAGGUAAACUGGGACAAUGAAAAAGAAUGCUUUCGAGACUUCAGCAAAGAGUGCAGUGCGUUCUACUCAAUAAGGAAGCAAUACAUCCUGGAGGCGGAGCCAGGAGAGCAGCAGGAUGCAGAGGUCAACUCAUGGCAAUGGAACGUUGAGCAUGUCCUCUGCAAGGCUUUCCGUUCGCUCAUCAGUCCUCCCAAACACAUCAGUGAGGACGGCACGGUGCUGCAGAUCGCCAACUUACCGGAUCUCUACAAAGUGUUUGAGAGGUGUUAGAUAAACCAGGAAGCCUCAGAAGCAUCAACAUCACAUGCUGCUCUAUUUGACCUUGUGUAACUUUUUGUAUGUUGUCAUUAAAUUUGUUCUUUGUACGUCUGGCUCAAGUGACUUUCAGUGAGGCGAUAUGGAAAGCUUUUUGAGCAUUUAAUUUGGCAUUUUUGUUAUCCACCUUGAAUUCACUAGUGUGGGCUUUGUCAUUACAAGACAAUUCGCAAAUUUGUUUUACUACUACUGUAUUGACUUAGGCUAGUAAACUACUGUGCUGCACUAUUAGGAAUGUGGCAUUUACAUUAGCCUCCUCGACCCUUCUAGUAGCACCAAAAUGCUCACAAGUAUGCCUCACUAGUAACAUAGUUGUUCUACAUUGUGCAGAAUUAUCAUGCAGUAGGGGAAGGCAGUAAUUGAAAAAUCAUUUCGUUGUUUCACCACCAUGCUACAGUCAUUCUACUAGUGCAAGGAAUUGUCUAACUACUGAGGACAAAAUGUGUACUUGUACUACAUGGACCUUGAGCACAACAUCAAAUACAGUGCCAUGAAAAAGUA